CGGAGACGCAGCGGAACUGCUGAGCGCGGAGCGGAGGGCGCGCAUCCCGACGCGGCGGGAGCCCGGCCCCGCGGCUGCCCUGCCCGCGCCGCUCCCGCUCCCGGGGCCCCGGCGCCCCCGCCCCGCGUCAGGCCCGGCGUCACCCGGGCCGGGGACGAAGGGCGGAGCGGAGAGGCCGGCGGCAGCCCCCGGCCGGAGACGUGAGCCCCCUCCGGGUUGCCCGACAGCCCGGGGAGGGGGCCUCGGGCCGGGCCGCUGCGUCCGCCGGCCGGGGGCUGGGGAUCCCCGAACCCGAGCCCGAACCCCAGCCCCCAGCCCCGCCACGUUCACGAGCCCGAACUCCGAGCCCCGAGUGGGAUCGGCGCUGGGCACCAUGGCCUGGAGCCCCCUGCAGGGCUGGUGCCGCGGGCUGGCCGUGGACGCGCGCCGGGCCCUGCUACUCACCGGCAUCCCGGCGAACAGGACCGUGCGCGGCGGGCGGGCCCAGGCCGCCCUGCUGGAGCUCCUGGGGGACAUGGACCCCGCCGCCCUCCCCAGCGAGGUCUCCGGCGGCGGGGCCGGCGCCUGGAGUGUCCUGUGCGGGGCCCGCGCGGAGGACACCCGGGUCCUGCGGCGGCUGAAGCGCCUGCUGCUGGAGGAACGGCGCCCGGGGGCCUCGCCCGCCGCCCCCGCGGCCGCAGAGGCUCAGGCCCAAGCCCCGGGGUCGGAGCGCGCGGCCCGGGACGCUGGACCCGAUCCCGGCGCAGCCUGCAAGGGCCGGCGGAGUCGUCGCCGCCAAAGCAGAGCCGGAGGCCACAGGUGGACGCCGAAGGGCAAGAAGCAAGGCCGAGGGGGUCGGCGGUUCCCCUGCAGCUGCGGCAGGCGCUGGUCCGAGUACUCCUCCUCCUCCUCCUCCUCCUCCUCCUCGGACAGCCUGGGCAUCGUGAUCGAGGAGCUGGACGAGGCGGCGCUGGGCGGGCUGGCGGCGCAGAGGGCGCUGUACGCCACGCUGCAGGCGGCCGCCCGGGAGCUGGUGCGGAAGGGGGCGCUGCGGGGGGACCCCGAGGCCGCGCGCGGCGGCCCCCGCGAGCUCCUGGCGCUGGUCACCGUGACGGACAAGGCCAAGAAGGAGGCGCUGGAGAAGGACACCCCGGGGGCCGAGUCCAUCAGCCUGAACGUGGAGGACUUGAGCGGGGUCUUCCACCUGGUGGCCCUCCUGGCUGUGCGGGACACGUGGUCCGAGGGGCCGGCGGGCAGCGACGCUCCGGAGAGCAGCGGCGACGACACGACGCAGGACAGCGGCGGCGGGGACCUGGAGCCGGAGGCGGGCCACCCCGAGUUCGUGGCCAUCGUGGCCUACACGGACCCCGCGGACCCCUCGGCCCGGGAGGAGAUGCUGAAGAUCGCCUCGGUGAUCGAGUCGCUGGGCUGCAGCGACCGGAGCGCGAAGCGGAAGGAGCGCAAGGACGCGCUGCCCGAGGUGCUGUCCGUCAUGGCCAAGGACACGGGCGCGGCGCGCGUGCGGGUGCGGGAGGCCGGCCGCCUGGUGGACGCGCUGGUGCUGCGGGAGGCCCGGGACGACGGCGACCUGCUGGAGUGCAUCUCCUCCCCGGCGCAGCCCGAGCCCCGCCGCCAGGGGGCGCCCGCCCCGCGCGGCCUGUUUGCCGGCUGGGGGGCCGGGGAGGAGCGGGGCGAGGUGGGCCUGCUGGAGCUGGUGGCGCUGCUGGCGGCCAGGGACAUGGCUGAGGGGGUGAAGGAGGAGAGGGAGGGGGCCCGGGAAGGCGGGACGUGCCAGCACCACCACCCGGGCAGCCUCGGGGAGCUCCUGGCGGCGCGUGAGAUCGGAGAGGAGGAGGAGGAGGAGGACAAGGACGAGGACGAGGAGGAGGACGAGGACGAGGACGAGGACGAGAAGGGGACUUCGGAGGGUGGCUCCGAGGAGACAUCGGAGGACACGGAGAGUGAGGAGUCGGAGCCUGGGGAUCGGGCUUCCCGGAAGCCCCGGGCCAAGCGCCCCCGCACGGCCCACAAGGCCCUGGGUUCCGCUGGCGCCCCCGCGGGGACCCGCAAAACCCGACGGGGAGGCCGCGGCCGCGGCGACCGGGGCGACUCUCCCGGGAAGAAAGCAGAGGAGGAGGCGGCGGGCGGCCAGAAGAAGAAGAAAAAGAAGAAAAGGAAGAAGAAGGGGCGCGGGGGAAGAAGGCUCGCGUGGGCGGGAGGCCGGCCCUCCAGGGCUGCUAGCGGCUCCGGAGAAGCGAGGCGGGCGGCCCAGAGGCCUCUCCCCGUGUCCCCUCCGGCCCCCCUUCCGGCAGCAGAGGCCGGCCUCCCGCUGAGCCGCGCCUUGCGCUCUGCGCCCUGCCAGGCGCUGGCCUCGGGUCUCCCCGUUACCUCCCAGCCCCUCCUCUGCAGGCGGCGAGCGAUCCUAACGGAAGACGGAGAAAGA